GUUUUUUUUUCUUCAUAAUUUCCUCUCACUUUUUUUUUUCCCAGCCAUACUUACUUCUCCCUGACCCGCCACAACCCUAACAAACAACUCUCACGCUCAUGGCUCGGUUGCUGACGCGAUCGCGCGUCGUGACGACGCUCGCAGUGCUUCUUGUCCUCUGCUGCUACUUUUACAACUGGAUCCUCGCCAUCUACUGGAUGAUGGUCAAUGACUGCACAACGCCAAAGUUCUAUCAAGACUCGGUCUACAAAAUUGUCGGAGAGGUGGCGCGGUUGUAUGAAGAACACGAUAUUCCAUACUUUCUCGACCAAGGGACACUACUGGGCGCCGCACGAAACCAGGGCAUGCUGCCACACGACUCGGACGUCGAUAUCAACAUUUUGCACAAGGACCUCAAGCGGGCGUACGAUCUCUUCCAGAGCCACCCGUGGCUCAUCUCACAGAUGCAAUACAACGACGGGUGCUACGUGCUGCGCGUAUAUGAUCGGUCUCUAGGUGUAGACACGCUCAGUCCACACAUUGACAGCUUCCACUAUUUUGAGCUGGAAGACCAGAAAAAGAUGCGCUUUGUCCACGGAGGCGACUUUUUGGUGGAGGAUUUCUUUCCGCCAGUCAAAGUUCCUUUCGGCCCUCACUCGUUGUACGCCCCGCGGCACUUCCACCAAAUCCUCGUAACGCGGUUUGGAGCCAACUAUAUGGUUAACAAGAAGGUCCGGCUGCAAGACUGCAAAGAGUCAAUCACCAUGACACUUUUCGGGCGGCCUGUAUGAAAGAGCCAAUCCUACGCCUUGCGUAUUUUUUUUUAAAAAUUGUAUGCUGCAAGCUGCCACAUACAUGCUUUUAUUAAGUUCUAGUCGGGCGUUGCGGGGUCGUUUUCCCUGGUCGGUUUCAUGACGAGGAUUUUUUUGUUUGUUUUCCGUUCUUAUUGCUCUUGUGUGUGUGUUUGUAUUCUUUUUCUUGAUUGACUUGAUGUUCCUUUUGACACUGCGUGUGCUCUACCGCGAACUUCGGCGGCGGUACUUUCUCGGUUAUUCUGCUUCGUGUUUGAUAGAGCGACAUUUUUGCUUGUUGUUGUUUGGUUUUCUUUCUCCCUCGCUCUCUCUUUUCCGAGCUUUGUGACUGUAUCUUUUCUGUUAGAAACUUUUUAAAUGCAAAUCUCUUGUUACUUGUCAG